GUGAAGGUUCCAGUCUCGGGCCAGCGGACACGGUGGGCGCGGUGGAUGUGCCACUUCUCACUCUCGAGGUUGACGGGUUGACAAGUCGCAGCGAAGUCAACUUGGACCUUGGCAGAGAGGCAAGGACUGAGUACAAGGUCCUGGGACGUUUUCAGGCUCCACAUCCAAACGACGAGGCCGAUGAUCAAGAGCUGAUGCUGCUCUCGGCACACCCGAUUACAGGUCGCACUCAUCAAAUCC